AUGUCGUUAACUGGAAUAGUGCUUGACGUUUCUGGUUCGAUGAAGGAUAACAUUAAAGGCGGGACUGAUGAACCAGGUGGACCAUGGGCUCAAUCUAUUUUUAAAGUUAUCGAUGAUCUUAUAGAGCACGACGUUUUGUCUGAAAAUGGUGUCUUUGCUAUAGGCGCCGGUUCAAAUUGUGGCGGCAAAGAAGUAUUUGAUGUUAUUGCGACUCUUCAAAAAGUCCAGAAUAUUAGCUACCUCAAGAAAACGCCUGCUACAGAGGACAACAUCAACAUGAUAUUUGAUAUUCUCGAGAAAAACGGUGCGCGUAACAUACGUAAAUGGGCUAAGAAUAUUUCUCUUAUUCGAGAUAUAGUACCUGAUCAUAUGGCUGUAUUGAUUUUGGGGAAACUUGAGUCGGACGAACAGUUUCUCACGAAAUUUGUGUGCGAAUUUUUACCAUCCCGCUGUCGAGACAGAAUACCAACCCCUGGCUUAAUUAAUUUUGUAGAAAGGAAAGUAGCGAACGUAGUAGAGAAUUGUUCUGUAUGGGCAGCUAGUAUUUUUAGACCAUCUAGGAGAGAGGAAAUUCUCGAAGUUCUUAAAAAAUCAAAUUGCUAUAUUUCAUUACAAGACGCGCGCACCGACUCUGUAUUCAGUGUGGAAGAAACCUCCCGCGUGAUUCGUGGACUCAGUGAAAAGGAACUUCGUACCGAGCGAAAGCAGGAAUUACUUGAGAAAGUCGAGCCUUUCAUAUACGGCAGAUCCACGCCGUUGUAUGAAUCUCUUGAAAAGGCAAUAGAGAUCUUUGAGAGCGACACUUUGAGAGUAAACAAAUUACUUUUUGUGUUAUCAGAUGGACUGCCUACAGACGGCAGUAAUAAAGAUAUCGCCAGGAUCAACCAAAUUACUUCCAAAUUAAGAGAAGCAGGAGUCGUAACAGUAUCUUGUUUUAUCACCAGAUCCACAGAUAUUCAUCCGAAACGAUUGUAUAACGAGAUGUCACCUCUUUGGGAACGUGGAGCCAAGUUUCUGUUUCGGUUGAGCUCUGAAGUACCGACACAGCUUCUGCCACGAGCAAUUUUGGUCAAACGUGGUUGGAUAAUCGACGUCGCCAACAAUGAAAUGAAGUUGUUCAUGCAAGUCAAUCAUCCAGAAGACUUGAGGUAUCAAGACUCUUUCAGAAAUCAUCAGUGGAAGCAUGAACAAACAGACUCAUUGGGUGCUAUAUGAAUUGGUGAUUAGUGUAUAUAUAGGGGUUUGAUUUCCUGCAGUUUCAGAGACAAUUUUUUGGAUAUAACCCAUUUAGGUAGGAUAAAUUUCGGGAUGAUUUUUUUUUAUAUAUUUAAUAAUAAUACUAUACUCAUAAAAUUAUCUAGCCAAACCGUAGUCGGUAGUAUAAGUGUCCAAACCUAAUUUUUAAAUGUCUGAAAUGUGCUUAACAAAGAAAAAUUUCCAAUUUGUAAACUUAAUUGAUAAAGCCAUUUGCAGCAAAGAGAUAUAGAAUUACAUCGAGAAGAACAAUUUUGCUGGUAGAGGGAAUAGUUUAGUUUCGGCGGGGGUAAUGGGGCCUGGGGGAACUACCCUUCCUCAGCUUAUACGUUAAAAUCCUCUAGGUAUACCUUGUUUAAUGGCUGUCGAAAUGUCGAAGUUCCGCUUGUAUUUUUCAGGUAGUUGUAUCCCUAUCAAUCCACAGCUUAUACGUCGACGGAGUCGAUUCUUUCCAAGGGGUAACUUGCAAUUUUAUGAAAGGAUUUUAAUACAAUAACCUGAAAUUAAUACGUUUGAGGAUAAAUUUGCCCAAACUACUUUUUCAAAUUUUUCAGCAUUUCCCCAAGUUACCAUUGUUUAAUUUAAUUCUGUGCCUCCUCGUUCCCCUGUCUUGUACGCGUCUAUAACUGCAUGCGAUAAGUUCUUCACUCCAAGUAUUUUUUGCUAUAAUAUAUAACUAGCUCUGCGCUAAUUUCCCAGACCAGAACCAGACCGCUUUGGCAAAGUUGGCUUACUUUCAUAUAAUCACUUUUUAGGGAAGCAUGCGAAAUGGCCCACGAUAUUGUCUAUUCUUCAGAUACACUAUCUGACUUGGUGGUGACUGUUGACCUCGACAUAUAUAUCAACCAAAAUGCAGGCCCCUGCGGACUGAACGCCUCUGCUACUGUCCUCCAUUUGGCAAUGCGACGAAUUCUCGGGCGAGAAGGCGGAUAUCCAGAUUUCGGCGUGCUAAAGGAUGAAAUGAUCAAAGCCUAUGGAGAUGACAGUGCUGAUGAUAUCAGGCAAGUUCUGCAAGAAAUAUGCCCAAAGUAUCGUUUGCAUUGCCGUAAAGUCUUCGCAAAAGGGGCGACGGAAGCUGUAAUCGAGAAACGUCCCGUGGUAGCAAUAUUUUUUCUCACUGACGACGAAUGGAUGGCUUUUUCAAAUUUUUACGAGGAUUAUCCAAUGGGUAUACUAACGCAAAAUGAACUUGAUGUCCGCCGACGUCGUAAGAGUUCUCCCACUUCUGGCCAUGCUGUCGUUUUGACCAGUUACAACAGCAAGUGUUUAACCUUCAUGAAUUCCUGGGGACAAAAGUGGGGUGACAAUGGAUUCUUCAGAAUACAAAAUGCAGUAGUACUUCAACUGGAAUUCUUCGACGUUUACUGGACGUUGAGUGACUUAACUGAAGGAGAGAAAGAGUAUUAUCGUCAACAUGGAUCUGAAGUAGCUGCAAAGUUGGUGAACUCGAUGAAAGGCUUGCAAAAAGCGGAAUACAUCUGCCCAGAAUGUAAGCAAACAUCGUUGGUUACUGAAUUUACUGGAACGCUGUCGAAAGUUCAGUGUCCGAAAUGUUUCCGCAAAUUUUCAACCAACGAUAACGCAGGAAACAUCCUGGCACUAAAUAUGUACUUGAUAUCUUUGAGUAGAUAAGUAUAUGCUUUGUACAUUGAGGUUACUUGAAAACUGAACUUAAUUAUUUUGUAAAUAUCGACUUAGUGGCGUAUCUUUGAGGAAAGUUUCUUUUCGAAUAAGAAUUGAAUGACACAUCAAUGCAAUGCAAUCACUGCAAUGCACGUUCUCUGAUGAAAGAUCAUUUUUGAAACUAAGGUUCAGAGUUAUAAGACAAGGCUGAGAUGGUAAGAUUUUUACUAACGAAGGAAAAUUUUAAUUCCCGAUGGCUGAUUAUUGCAGAGGACAUUGCGCUUGAUCAAUCCGAAGAAUAGUAUAAGUUUGAACUGAACACUUUACCGUUUAUUUUAGACUUUCUAAAGGAGUAAAGCUAGGAUUUGCGCGAAUUGGUCAUUGACCGCAAUUUGUUAAAAAAACAACUUUACCGACACCAAAAUCUAAAGCCUCCGCACAGACGAGCAAGUUUUCCUUGACAAGUUUUGUUUUUCGUGUGCAAUUGGUGCAGUGCACGGAAUCUUGCUAAUCAUUUGUCAAGGAUGCAUUUUGUUUGCCAAAACCAUAGAGGUGUUUCUUGUACACUUGUCAAGAUAACAAUUUAAGUACAAAGAGCAGAUAAACUGAAAAGGAUUACUCGAGCAAUGAAAACAAUGCUUAAAUAGCGUAGGUGAGUGCACAAGUGUUAUGGAAGCGUGUAAACUUUUCAUGUAUAUAGGCAUGUAUAAUUAUUAUUAACAAGGAUAAAUAGUGUCGUGGUUUCUCGUGCAAUUUGGAAAACAUAUACACUCGUCAGUUUUUCAAAGACUGCAUGUCUUCAAAUUGCACUCGUCCUUCGGCAAUUUUGAUCGUCUUUCAAAAAAACUCACUGGUGCAUGUUUCUUCCAAAUUGCACGAGAAACCAUACUAGCUAUUAAUUAUACCUAUACUAUAGGCUAUAAUGAACACUCCAGUAUCCACAUGCAUGUAUAUAAAGGUCAUGCCUAUAUAACCUUUUAAUCGAAUGCAUGCAUGACAGCCAGCAUACAAAAAUGUUACCGAUCUUUGGAGUUACACUUGUUUUGUAUUUUGUUAAAAUACUCAGUGGUUCUAAAAAAUUUUGUAUACAAAACACACUUUAUUAUUACUAUUAGUAUUUAAUUACAUGUAUAUAAUUAUUAAAAUACCAAUGUAUCAUAUACAUGACAGUUUAAUAGCAAUUUUUACAGUCUAACAGGCACAGGCAUAUUGUUUGCAGAGUCUAUAAGCUGAAGAUGUAUGAUACUGACACCUCCCCCUCUUUAACUCAUGAUCGUCACGGAUUAAGCCAAAAGAUUUGUUGGUGACACGUUCAAUGCUACAUUCUUCUAAGGUAGCAGUUUGAUUUAGUCUUCAAGUUUCAGACGAUACCAUCGAUACCUAGAGUCAAUCUGAUCACAAAGUCAGUCUCACUACAUUUAAUGUAAGUACUAUUUGUUUGUUAUAUUUAUUAACCCACCUGUGCAGAGAAUCUUUACAGUUUGAUUGUUAGGCGCAUUUGGGAGGGCAGUUUUGGAAUACAGCUAUUUCAAUUAAGGUUGUCCCCCGAGCAAAGCGGAAAAGUCGAAUAAGAGCGCGAAAAGCUGCUGGGAAUCGUAAUAAAUGAAUCGCUAAUAAAUGAAUGAAUUUAUUAGCGAUUCCCAGCAACCUUAAUUUCGCGCUCUUAUUCGACUUUUCCGCUUUGCUCGGGGGACAACCUUAAUUGAAAUAGUUGUAUAUCUCAAUUUAUAGACUAUAUAUUUGACCAUUUGAAGAUUUGCAGCUUGCACAAAAAUAAAAUCUAGUGAAGCAUAGUAAAUUUGUCAUUGAGUCAGGCUAUUUGUUAUAGAAAAAUGGUCCCAACCUGAGAAGUUGGAAAUAUAAACCUUUCUUUACGCAAACACCAAAACGAAGCACCCAAAACAUGCGAGUCACACAUCACUGAAUACUGCAGCGAGCCAUGUAUGCAUGUUUCGCAGAAAAGUUUCUAUUAGAUCAACUAUGUAUAUCAUUUCAAAACUUAUACGGUACUGAAAAUAAUAAAAACAUGCAAUGUUUUCUGUUUAUGAUACGGAAAAAGUGUUGAAGAUAGUGAUAUCUUCAUAUAUCAAAAUCGACACUGUUUGGACUACAAAAAAAAUUUUAUUUGACAUGCACGCUCAAAAUUUUUAAACUAAUUAAAAAUGCAGUACGUUUGAUCCUUGAUAACUUUCGUAUUGUUGGUUUGCUCUUUUUCGGCCGCAUACGAAUGGAUUCGUCUCACUUUUCCCUUUAUUUUGAUACUGUUUUUAGUCGAAAAAUUUUAUUUUGAAGUUAUAAUUCUAGCGUACGGUACGGACCACUGACCAACUAACUGCCGGUCGACAGGAGGAAUGUAGCCUACUAAAUAACUUGUAGGCGGAUACGCCGCGGAAAGUUUUAUUGGUAGGGCACCACAUUUUAGUACUGUAUCUGGUUCUUUCAUGGUUCGCACAAUCGCAUGCCUCGCGAUCUCAUAAUAAACUGUAUAGACUCUAUCAAAACCAAUUCGAGCGAGACUUGAGCAUGUCUUCGCAUUAGCUAUAGAUAUUUGGGGAGAAACACAAAGAGCGAGGGAGACUAGGGAAUACAAGAUUUAUGUGACUAUUAUGUUGAUUGAGUGUUCCAUUACCAAUAAAUAAUUAUUUACUUCUACUUCAAAUUUAUAAAAAAAAUGGCACUUUGUACUCAAGUACGCCUCACUUUGAAACGACUUCAUGUAAAAAGUAGCAGCCUAGUCCGUAGGCCUCUUAGUACGCCUAUUGCGCGUUUCUGCAUAUUAAUGAGUACUAGUCUGAAAAAGUAGUAGUGAUUUAUUAGACUAUAAGUUCUAAUUUACUCAAGUACAAAAUCAAAGUAAUUCGGCCACAACUGCUUAAAUAGUAUUGAAUGCUUUUUUCAGAUUCAAGUCAGUACAGAACUUCAUUGAUUGAUCCAUUAACCAUUACCAGGCAUAUUAUAUAAUCACUCAUUUGUCAAACUAUAUAUAAGAAUACAAAUAUGUCACUGACUGGGAUGAUACUGGAUGUAUCUCAUUCCAUGCAGAGUAAAAUUGAAAGCGGUACUGGUGAACAAGGUGGAUCAUGGGCUCAAUCUAUUUUUGAAGUUAUCGAUAACCUUGUUGAAUACGAUGUUUCUUCUGAGAAUCGUGUAUUUGCUAUUGGCGUCGGUGCAAAUUGUCCCAGAAAGGAAAUAUUUGAUGUCAUUGGCACUGUUCAGCGAAUCACGGAGAUUAUGCAAAUGCCUGCAACAGAGAGACACAUCAACAACAUAUUAGAUAUUCUGGAGAAAAAUGGCGCGCGUAACAUACGUAAAUGGGCUGGAGAUGUUACUCUUAUUCAAGAUACAGUGUCUGAUUAUACAGCAUCAGUGAUUUUGUGGGAACUUAGGUCGGACGGAGACUUUCUCUCUAAGUUUGUACACGAGUUUUUACCACGCAGUGUUCAAGAUGGUGAACCAACAGCAUCUGUCGUUGAACCUAACUUAUUUAGUCGAAGAUCAGGCGCGUUAACUAGACGAGUAAAUAGUUAUUAUGCAUCUAUCGCUAGUCGUGUCAGACCAGCUAAAAGAAAAGAUAUCGAAGAAAUUGUAGAAAAAGCAAAAUGUUAUACUAUUGAAAAAGGCCAAUGGAUCCGCCUUAAAUACUGCAGCGCAGAAGAUUCUUUUCGCGCUUUGAAGGAAGAAGUAACCCAUUCUAUAUUCAGUAACAAAGAUGCCUCUGUCAUUUUAGAAGACGUAGGACCCCACUCCAUAUUCAGUGUGCAAGAUGCUUCCCGCUUCACUCGUGGAUGCGUCGGUGAAGAAGAACUGUCAACUGAACGAAAGAAAGAGUUACUUGAGAAUGUCGAGCCUUUCAUAGUUUAUGGUCUAACGCCGUUGUAUCAGUCUCUUGAAAAGGCAAUACAGCUUUUCGAAGGAGACAUUUCUGAGAACAAACUGCUUUUCGUGCUAUCAGAUGGAGAGCCCACAGACGGCUGUAUAGAUGAUGUUGCCAAGAUCAACAAAAUUACCUCCAAACUGAGAGAAGCAGGCGUCAAUAUAGUAUCCUGUUUCAUCACGAGAUCCCCGCAUAUUCAACCGAAACGUUUGUACGAUGAAAUGCAACUCAGUUGGGAACCUGGAGCCAAGUUUCUGUUUUCGCUGAGCUCUGAAGUACCGACCCAGCUUCUGCCACGAGCAAUGUUGGUCAAACGUGGUUGGACGAUCGAUAUCGCCAACAAUAAAACAAAGUUGUUCAUGCAAGUCAAUCAUCCGGACAACCUAAGGUAUAUCAUAUUCAACAGUUUCUUUUAGGAAAUAUUCAGUGGGAGCAUGGUAAAGCACGAAUUGGUUGGUGGGGGGUGUCCCAGAACUUUAUGGUGGCUUAAUUUCCGAAUAUAGUCAAUAUACUUUUAAGUAUAUACUUUUAAAUACCACAGAAUAAAGAUUAGUUUCAGAAGGGUCACUCAGCGGUGCAACGUGUCCUCGUUUUUUAGGCAAAAAUAUGCAGUUUACUGGCCAGAAGGCGGAGCAUCCAUAGCCAGUACAGCGUGUUUAUUGGCCAGAAAAUGUCAUUGACUAGCUAGGAAAAUGGCGGCCAACAUGCGUAAUGCGACAUGCACGAGGACAGAAACUUCAAAGCUUCCGACGUAAGUGGCCCUUCUGUAUGAUCUUUAUUCUGUGCUUAAUACCAUAAAAUUAUCUUGCCAAACCCAGGUUAAUUUAUGAAUAUCAGGGAAAUUUUUCAAUUUUAAGCCCAAUGUUUGUCUUUAUUUCAUCGUAUUGCGGGAGUGCCAGUCAGUUUGUUGCUAAAAUCUACUGAUGUAGCUCACUAGUUCUAUAUAUUUGUUAUACAAUUAGUAUCAUGAUAUAAGCGCUUAAAUACUGAAUUCUAACAUUUUGUCUUUGAAUUACAUUCAGGGAAGCUUGCGAAAUGGCCCGAGAUGUCGCUUGUUGUCCCGAUGCGCUAUCUGAAUUGCUGGUAUCUGUUGACCUCGACAUAUAUAUCAACCAAUCCAUGGGUGGUUUUAAAGCGAAAGAACAACAGGGAGGAACUUGCUAUGCGAAUGCAUCUGCUGCUGUGCUUCAUUUGGUAAUGCGACGAAUUCUUGGUCGCGAAGGCGGAUAUCCAGAUUUUCACAAGUUAAGAGAUGAAAUUAUAAAAGCCUAUGGAAUUCAUGGUGCAAAUAUCAGUAAAGUUCUGCAGGAAAUAUGCCCGAAUUAUCGUUUACACAGCCAAAAAGUCUGCAUCAAGGGGGCGAUGGAAGCUGUUGUCAAGAAGCGUCCCGUGGUAGCAACAUUUCAUCUAACGGGCGAGGAAUGGAAGGAUUUUUCAAAUUUCUACAAAACAAAUCCAACAGGUAUGCUCACGCAAAAUGAACUUGAUGUUCGUAAGCGUCCUACAAGUCCUCCACCUCGCACUUCUGGCCAUGCUGUCGUUUUGACCAGUUACAACAGCAAAUGUUUAACCUUCAUGAAUUCCUGGGGACAAAAGUGGGGCGACAAUGGAUUCUUCAGAGUACAAAAUGCAGAAGUACUUCAACUGGAAUUCUUCGACGUUUACUGGACGUUGAGUGACUUGACUGAGGGAGAGAAAGAGUAUUAUCAUCAACAUGGAUCUGAAGUAGCCGCAAAGUUGGUGAACUCGUUGAAAGGCUUGCAAAAAGCCGAAUACAUCUGCCCAGAAUGUGAGCAACCAUCGUUGGUUACUGAAUUUGCUGGAACGCUGUCGAAAGUUCGAUGUCCGAAAUGUUCCCGUGAAUUUUCAACCAAAGAUAACGCAGGGAAUAUUCUCGCACUAAAUAUGUACUUGACAUCUUUGAGCAAAUGA